AUGAAAGAUAAAGCUUUAAAAGCUUUGAUAAAAUCUUUAAAAGCUUUGAUAAAAGCUUUAAUCAGAAAUUACAUUCAUUGGCCAAUGUUGUGGAAAGAAAGUUCAAACAAUAAUUUAUUAUUUAUUAUUGGGAAAACUAUUCACUCUCUAAAUAAUGUUAAUGCACAUGGAAAAAUCAUAUUUAGUUGGAGUUUAUUUCUUACAAUACUGGAAUUUGAUGCUUUAGCGAGUGCAAUUUCAUGUCUUGCUGAUUUAUAUAAAAACAACAUAAAAUCUUUUCAUCGCAGUUAUAAAGAGUUUGCUUCUAGUAUUAAGCUUAGUUAA